AUGGCAGCCGGCUACACGAACUACGUAUCCUACGAGGAUCCGGCGACCAAACGUCCGCGCAUUGGCCAUCUCGACCUCGACACUGACACCAUUCACGCGCUGAGCUUCCAGUCCGGCGCGCCUGUCCAAAGCCUGUACCAGGUGAUUGAAGCCGGCGAAGAGAACAUCAGCCUGGAUGAGUUCGAGGACCCAACUCCUGUCUCCCGGCUCAGGGUCCUGCCUCCAAUCACCGGCCGCGACAUCCUUGCCGUGGGCAAGAACUAUUUCGACCAUGCCAAGGAGUUCAACAGGUCUGGCUUCGACAGCUCCGACAAAGUCGACGUGCCCUCUCACCCCGUCAUCUUCACCAAGCGCGCCACUUCCAUCAUCGCCCAUGGAGACCAAAUCUACCACCAUCCCGACUUCACCCACUCCCUGGACUACGAGGGCGAAAUCGGCGUCAUCGUCGGCAAAUCUGGCUACAGAGUCGCCCAAGACAACGCCAUGGACCAUGUCUGGGGCUACACCAUCAUCAAUGACGUGACAGCUCGCGAGAGACAGAGAGACCACAAGCAAUUCUUCAUCGGAAAGUCCGGCGAUACCUUUUGCCCAAUGGGUCCCAUUGCAAGGCCAGCAAAGCACCUUCCCGACGUCCUGCGCGUUCAGACUGUUGUAAACGGCAAACUUGAGCAGGACGCCACGAGCAACGACCUGAUCUUCUCCGUGCCGUUCCUCAUCAAGACUCUCUCCGAAGGCAUGACGCUGCAACCCGGAGACGUCAUAGCAACCGGAACACCCGCCGGCGUCGGCAUCGGCAAAAAACCUCCAGUCUACCUCUCACCAGGAGACACCAUCUCCGUCAGCGUGACGGGCCUGGGAACCCUCACCAACGCCGUCACCGCCGACUUGCCGCCGCCCCCGCCCAGCAGCCACCCGCCCUCGGCUACUGCUGACCUGCCCACGCUGACCACGCACCUCCUCCACGCCACCCUCCCGCCAACCAACAAUCCCGUCACCUUCCUCCCCACCCCCGGCUUCCCAGCAAGUUCCUUCUCCGCCCUGUGCGCUUCCCUGCUACAACACCCCUCCUCCUCCUCCUCCUCCUCCCCCGACACCGCCCACCACAACGUCUCCUACACGACCGCCACCGUAACCGCAACCGCAGCAAACCUCUUCCCCACGCUAGCCCACCCCCUCCGCACCCUCACAACCUCAACCACCACCACCACCCAACCCCUCACACUCAUCACCCACGGCCCCUCCGCCCUCACCGCCCUGCACCUCGCCUCCUCCCCCACCACGAACAUCACCAACCUCAUCCUCAUCAACCCCCCGCCGCUGCCGCCGCCGCCGCCGCCGUCGUCCCUCCUCCCACCAAACGACGACAACAACGACACCACCACCACCGACACCCACCUCCCCACCCGCCUCCGCCACCUCAUCGCCUCGUCCCGCCGCCGCUCCAACUCCGACUCCGGCUCCGACACAGCAGCAACACCACCACCGCCCACGAUCCCCGACCUCAUCGCCGCCCACGAAAUCGGUUCCAAGGCCAAGACGUCGGACCCGCUCGCCGUCGCCGCGUGCCGGCUGUCCGCCCCUGCCGAUGCGUGGGCGUGGGAGUGGGCGCGCGCCGCGCUGUUGGCGAGGGUGGUGGCUAGGGAGGUGGCGGCGGAUCAGGGACGGCGGCAGAAUCGGGCUGGCGACGAUGACGGCGGCGACGGGCAAUGGUCGGAUGGUGGGCUGGAUGGGCUGGACGAGGUGCGGGCGGAUGUGUUGGUCAUUACGGGGGAUGAGGACUGGAUGGCGCCGGCGGAGGGGUGGGAGGGGUGGGUCGGUGGGGAGGACGAGGACGAGGCGGAGGCGCGGGGGAGUGGGAGUGGGGAGGGGAAGAAGAGAAGGAGGGAGAUACGGGUGCUGGAGGGGGUGGGGCAUUGGGCCAUGUUGGAGGAUGUGCGUGGCGUGGCCGAGGCGGUGAGGGGGUUCCUGGCGGCAGCGGCGCCGGCGGCUUGA